AGGCGGAAGUGUGUAGCAGGAAACCAUCGUCUUCACAUUUGUUUACAGUUGACAUGAAACUUGCAAAGUUCAGGUCGGAUCUUCGUAAUGUUUCACCGCGAGCAUCCACCGAGGGCUCUGUCCGCCCACAGGACCGGCCCGUACCCGCUCCCCCAGCGGGCCUGGGGCUACGAGCAGAACCGGCCCAGGGGGGGGAGUGCCAACAACUCCCCUCUCCUUGAGCUUGCGAGUUUGUCUCCAUAUGAAUGGAAAAGUCCUCCAUCCACCUCUGCAGCUGUACCUCCUCACAUGCCAACUAUGACCAAUGGGCGCAAGAGGCAGAAUACUGAAUACAGCCCUCAAGUUCCGAAGCGCCAAUGUUUUGACUCCUCUUCCUUCGCUUUAAUAAACCCCUCCUGGAGUUUGCCACGUCCACCCUCUCAUUAUCUUCACCAAGCGGUGGCAGAGUCCUCAAGAGCAUCCUUCGCUGGUUUCAGUCAAUCUGUUCCCAACCAAUUCUUCUGGGUUCAGCCUCGGGUUCAGCCUCAGCCUCAGCCUCAGGCGCCCAGUGUCCCAGAGGGCUCCAACAAACUUCAGGCCUACGCCAAAGACAAGCUAAGUAUUCAGAUGGUGGAGCUGUUUGAGGCAUGCCAACAGCAGGUUUCAGAUUUGGAACGGAAGGAACGGUGUCGAGUUCAGCUGCAACGAGACAUACAACAUAUUUUUGCAGCCCGACUUUACUUGACCGGAUCGUCAAUGAAUGGAUUGGGUUGCCGGAGCAGCGACGCGGAUCUGUGUCUGGUCAUUAACGAACAUAAAAAACCUGAUCCUAUUUCUGUCCUAACUUGCCUCAAAACGUUUUUCAGAUCACUCGCAUAUGUUGAAGGGGUUCUUCUAAUAAGAGCCAAAGUGCCGAUCCUCAGGUUCAAAGAGAGAGGAAGCAAUCUGGAAUUUGAUCUGAACGUCAACAACACAGUGGGCAUCAGAAAUACCUUCCUUCUGAGGAGUUAUGCUUAUGCCGACCUCAGGGUAAGACCCAUGAUCCUCGCUGUAAAGAAAUGGGCACGGCACCAUAAAAUCAAUAACGCCAGCAAAGGCACAUUGAGCAGCUACACUCUGGUGCUGAUGGUGCUUCACUACCUCCAGACUCGUAAAGAACCUGUCCUCCCGUCUCUACAACGGGAUUACCCAGAGUGUUUUGAUCCCUUCAUGGACAUAGACAGAGUUCCACAGGGACCCAAAUGCAUCCCUCCCUACAUCUCAAGAAACCAGUCUUCUCUGGGAGAUCUGCUGCUGGGUUUUUUCAAGUACUACGCCACAGAGUUCAGUUGGGAUAAACAAGUGAUCUCUGUGAGAGAGGCCAGAGCUCUGCCAAAAGGCAAGUUCCACGAGUGGAGAAAGAAGUUCAUAUCUGUGGAAGAGCCAUUCGAAAGAAACAACGUUGCCAGAGCAGUCCACGAGAAGAUCAAGUUUGAUGCCAUUAAAGCUCAGCUUGCCGAGUCAUCUCGGAUACUGCACGCAAAGAAGGACCUGAACUCGAUCCUGCCAGUCAGAGACGUCAUUAAUAAGGAGUUAUCCGGGACAUGAGGACUUCUUCUACUUAUAUGAGCUGACCGGUGUCUUCUACCUCAAGACAGUCUUAAUUGAGAAGUGAUUUAAGACCUUUGGGAUUCGGUGAGAGAGAAGUCUCAACACCACAGACAUGAACAGACGUUGGACCUGAAUGCUCUGGAUGUAUAGGUCACAAUCUGUGUAUCCUGUCACUUGAUAUUUUUUAAGUAUUGCUCUCACUAUUAAAUGCUUUGCUGCCUCUGUCAUUUAUGUGCAGUUGGUGAUAUUUUAGUCAUCAAGACAGGAGGGGGAAAAAGACAUUGUGGAGUGAAACAGAAGGGUGAUGAAAGCAAUAUCCUGCCAUUGAAGCUGAUGGUGGAGAGAUGCUGCUCGGAAGAGUUUAUUUUGUGUGUUUUUUUUUUUUUUUCUUUUUAGUUGCUGCUGCAAGGCCCUCAUAUAGAUCUGUACUUUUUUCAUAAAAAAAACAGCUUAAAUGGAACUGACAGUAUUUAGGCUCGUCAGACCAGUCUCCGCCUUGUUUCUCGUUUUUAGUGACAUCCACGUUGUUGCCGCUUUUUUGCACAACACUGUGUCUGAAGAUGUCAGUUUACACCUGCUGCACACCAGGAGAGUAUGCUGGCUUUGUGCUUAUAUCAACUAGUGACGCUUGCCUUUUUCUAUUUCUAUUUUUAUUUUAUUCACGUACAGCUAGUUCCAUGAUCACCAGCUUUCUUUUUUGCCUUUUUUUUUUUUUAAAUUUUCUUUUUUUUUUUAACCAUAGUUGAUUUUUUUAGCUGGUCUAUAAACUGAGCUGUAAAUGUUCAAGUUAAUGUGAGUCACAUAAUUGGCUCUGAAGAGGAGCACAGCUCUGAAUAUUCUCAGUCCACAUCUUUGGUCAACAUACUGUUAUUUAUGAUGGACCGGUGUCAAAAUUAUACACAGUCAGUCAUAUACCAACUUUUGUUUAGGAAAAAAAAAGUAUUCAUUCACUUAAUACAGCAUUAAAAAAACAAACAAACCGUAACAUGUUUAAGUUUUCUCUGUUUUUCUCGUUUUUUUGUCUCUUUUAUACAUUUGUAUUUACCUAGUUUUAAACCUUAUUUCAAAACUAAUUUAAAGUAUGCUAAUAAGUGCCAACAUCCCUUUAAACUGGUCACAUGUAUUUGAUUUUUGCUUGAUGACAGAUGUACAGUUCUGUUGAACAUUGAGACUGUUUACAUGCAUACCUGUAAAGCCAUGAUUAUGAAAAACUGUUUCUUUUUGUUUAAAGUCUAAAUAAAAGCAGGAGCAUUCAGUCAAAAAAAACAGAUCUUUUUUUUGUCAAUUUGAAGGUGUUAAAGUCACAUCAUGAUGAAAGCAGGUCUUACAAUUAGGUAACAGCAUCAGCACAUGAUUUUUUUUUACUGUGUCAUAAAUUUAAUAAAAAAUGAGACAAGAAGCGGAAACAGUGUGUGAAAACUAAGUUACCCAUGAUUCAAUAGUUUGGGUUCUGUUAUCCUUUGUUCUACAGAUGUGGUCACCCAAUCUCUUGAUCUGUUAAUUUGCAUAAAUUCAACUCCAAUGCUCAUAUUUUGGACCUUGGCAACAGGUGCAAGUAAA